AUGGAUACAAAAGUUCAACAGUGUACUCAAUAUAAGAGGGAAGUAGAAUUGUAUCACAGAACGUGUGAACAAGACCUAUGCAUUUCGUGUAAGAAGAAACAUUUAUUGGACCUCGACACAAAAUACCACGAUGUAGUGAUUGAUCGCUUAAGACAUGACGACUUCAUAAUACAUGAGCUAGGAAAUUGUGAGACGCACCAAGCCCAAAGACUAAACAAAUUGUGCUUGUCAUGUAAACGUCCUAUUUGUGCUGAGUGUGAUGGACACCAAAAUCAUGAAAUACUGGAUAUAAAGUCAUUCCAAAGAAUGGUCAGACGUCUAUACAUGGAAAGAAUAGUUCAAAUCAGAACUGAAAUUCUCCCAAAUAAUAGAGUCAUCCUUGCCAAUAUUAAAUCUGAUCUCAAAAUAGUUAUGGAGUCAAAAUUAGCUGACUUCGAGCUCCAAAAGAAAAGAAUUGAAGAAAAAACUUGCCAACUGAAGGAUCUGACCGAUUUAGUAAUAAAAAAUAGAAAUAGAUUAAAACGGUUACUGAAAUCUAGAUUAAAAGAAGCAGAAAGAAAUAUUGCCAACAUACAAUUGUUUAUAUACAGUUAUGAACAGCUGUUCAUCAAGAAGGACAAGAAGGUACACUUCCUUUCAUAUGUUAAGAAAAACCCAUACCCAAAAGUAAAGGCCUUUCAUGCUACCUCCAAUUUCUUCCUGAGUAAAAGGAGUGAACUGAAAAUAGAAGAUACAUAUAUUACGAAGUUACUGUUGGAAAUAACUAUUGACACAAAAGAGAGACAAGUUAGUUAUAAUAAGCAGCUUCUGGAACUGAUGCCUUCACCUGUGUUAAAGAAAUCAUUUCCAGUGAGAGAAAAGGUACUUCAUAUGUCGUAUGCAACAACAGACAUGAUGUGGAUCAGCGAUCAGUAUGGAAAAAUCAUCUUGACAAACACAACUGAUGUCCCUUCAUGCAUUCUUUUUAAUAACAUGAAUACAGUCAAUAACACCGGAGGACAUUGCGUCACUCGUGAAGGGAAUCUACUCUACAUAGACGAGUAUCAUUACAUCAGUAAAUUGUCAACAGAAAAAAUGAUAAUGAAAAAUGAUUUAAAAAUGAAACUCAUAAAUGUAAAAGAACCGUGGGUUGCAAAGUGUGUCUACAGCUCCCCCUCAAACGGAGAUAUACUAGUUGGAAUAUUAAGAUAUGAAAAAGAUAAAAAUAAGCCUGCAAAGGCCAAAGUAGUGCGGUAUAUUAGUACAGGGAAAAAGCACAUACAGGUCAUUGGAGAUGAAAACACGGAUCAGAGACUGUAUGAACACCCUUUAUACAUCACCGAGAACCAUAACGGAGAUGUUAUUGUGUCUGACCAGAACCGUGCUGUAGUAGUGACUGAUCGAAAAGGAAAACAUCGCUUUUCCUACGCAGGACCUCCUCAAGAAGAAAAAGAUGAGUUCUCCUUCACAGGACAUCUGUCAACAUCACAACUUUUACCAUUAGGACUCUGUGUAGACGCACUGUCAAAUAUCCUUGUGUCUGAUGCUAACAGCAAAACAAUUCAAAUGAUUGACAAAGACGGUCACUUCUUAUCACUGUUGUUUACCGAACAAAGAUGGAAAAAAGCACCCAGGGCUCUUAGUUACAAUAACAAAAAUCACCUACUUUUGGUUGGAACAAGUGAUCAUAACGAAGAAAUAUGCAUAUACAGAUACAUACAGAGAAAGGAGGUUGACUAA